UAAAUAUAUAUUUACAAAAAAAAAACUGAGAUAAAAAAAUGUUUACAAAUGAAAGGGCAAUAGGCCGGCCCGUGGUGCUAACGUUUGCCGUAGUAGAUCGAGAUCAGUUUCGUCCCGUUUCAACCCGUGCGACGGGACGCAGUUCGCCCGCCGGUGCGACUGAAGCGUGGGCGAGCGAGAGCUCUUCCACGAUCUCCCGGAUCCCUAACCUGGAUGCCGGCCCCUACUCCGUCUUCCGCGCCGCCGUGAUGGAACCCCUCGUCCCCAAGCGGCGACUGUGCCCCUCCGCCGUGUAUCCUACCGCCUCCGCGAGCCCUCCUACGGCUCGUCCAGUCGUCGUUGCAACGGAUCACAUCCUCGAGAAGCUUCUCGCCCUCCCCGAUCCCUUCGUAUCCCUUGAGGUCUCCCUCGAACGCCUCCUCGAUUCGAGGCUUCUAGAGAUGGAGAAGGAUCAGCUUGUCGAUGGCGCCAUGGAGGCCGGAUCGGCCCUCCUUGAGGCUGCCAGGAGGUCAGCCCGCCGGCGCGCGUCUAUGCACAACUGUUCUUCAUGGCCUCUCGCCUCCGAUCUCACUAUCAAAGUAUUCUCCAAGCUAGAUACCCAAAGUCUUUGCCAUGCUGCAGCUACUUGUUCAAUGUUCAACAAGUGUGCAACAGACCCAAUGUGCUAUGAGAAUAUUGACCUGACAGCUGAAGUGCCAAAGGUUAAUAAUACUGUUGUCUCCAAAAUGAUACAGCAUGCUGGAAAAAACCUUCAAUCACUUAAGCUUGGAAUUCGCUCCAAUCCUGCUUCAACAACAGAAUUUAGACCGCUCUCCUAUUCCACAAUACAUCCCAUGGAAGCAUCUGGUCUUUCCUGGAGUCAAAAGAGGCCGAGGCAAGGAAGGGAGACAUCUCUUCUCACAAGGUCUUGCCUUCUGGCUUUAAGUGUGGAUGGUAGUGCUGCAGGGACUCUCUUAAGGAGGCUACACUUGUACAACAUUGAUAAAAUGGAUACCUCUGCACUUUGCACAGCUUUGUCAGCCUGUCAGUUUCUACUUGACGUUGAAGUUGUUGGCCUACACGUUGAACUCAGAAGAACAUUGGAUGCUGUUGGCGCCAAUUGUCAUCAUUUGGAGCGCUUGAUCUUCGAGUCCUCUGAUUCUGGGAGGGAUGAUAGCUUGAAUUCUUCAACCUGCAUUGAAAUGGUAAACGGCUGUCCCAAUUUGAUGUCACUUGCCCUGAGAGGGUUUAAGCUGCAUGAUCACAAAAUCCGCAUACUGAUUAAGGGAUUUCAUCACCUCAAAAUUGUUGAUUUUUCAACAUCUUAUGCAAUUACAGGGACUUUCUUAAGGAACUUUGGCAGUGGUACAAAUGCUUGUCCACUGGAGGUCUUGAUCUUACACGACUGUUUGCAUCUUAAAGAAGUUGAAGUGUCACAGGCGCUAUCAGCGAUGCUUGCUGGUGACUUCAAAUUCCUGAGAUACUUGGAUAUUUCAAACAAAGAUGGUCUGUCUGCUGAGAAUGAUUGGAACUAUAGAUGUUAUAAUCCGUGCAAGACGCUGAUCUCACAUGUUCAGAAACAAAGGCCCGAGAUAUGUUUGUUAGCCAAGUUUCCCCCUGAAGGAAGCUUGAUGGAUAUCUUUGGCGACAGUGAAUUAAGCAGUGGCACAAGUUUUGGUCCUUAUUUCACGGAUUCUUCUGAAAAUAGCUAUAGCAGUGAUCAAGGUAGUGGGAAUGAGGACGUCCCAGAUCUAAAUUUCCCAUUUGAUUUGGACAAUGAGUUGGAGUUUGUGUAGCGAAACAGCAGAUGGACUUUUAAUACACUCUAAUGCAGCAUCAGACAUCCAAAGAGGUACUAGUCUGCUUCCACUGACCUACCCCAGGAUUAGCAACUCACUAGGGAUAUGCACUAAAUAGAGAACAAGCAUUAGCUCCGUAACCUAGAAGUUUUGCAAUCAUUAUCAUGCUGAUGGCUUGUAUUAUCUUGUUCUUAUGAUGGUUAUGUUAUAAAUGCAAUCAUUAGUUAUAUGCA